UGAUCUUAGGAAGGCUUCCAAGAGGGGCCUGAUCCGGACUCAUGCGAUUGGCUGGCCCGAGCGUGUCACGUGGCGGUAGUUCGCGUGGGUGGGGGCCGGAGACGCGGCACCGCGGGCGAAAGCGGUGAGUUUCGUUCUAGUAUUUACCUCGCAGUGCGAAGAUACUUUUCUCUCGGUUAUACGAUCGCAUUCUUGAAGCUAAUCGCGUUCCGUGCGACAGGUAAUUAGUAAUACAGUUCGACGACGUAACGAAAGUAUCGGUAAACAUUACAUCGAUGUGCGUCCGGUGACAGAGUGGCGAACCGUAACGCGAUUGUUCGCCAUCUUCACAAAAUCGCGCGAGUGAUCGGUCGAUUAUAGGCGAGGAGAGGUCUUUUCUUCGGCUCCUCCUCUUUUUACAAACGAAGAACUCGAACGCAUAGAAGCGCAAUGUCCAUGUUCCUUGCUCCCUCGUCACGUCACGCGUCACCAACAUGGACGUCGUGUUCGAUCAUCGAACGUACGAGCUAUUGUAAGACAUCGAAGUUUUGGCUGAGCGUAGAUUCUUAAAAAAAAAAAAAAACAGAAAUGGCGCUAAAUAAUCGGUACCACGAGCCUGAAGGCUUCCCGAAGGGUGGAAGAGGCGAGAGAGAAAGAGAUAGUAGAGUAUGAAUGAUAUUCGAACGAUAUAAGACAAAGGACAGACGAUUCAGCGAGGCGAUUAAUGAUUGGCUGCGCUUGAGGGGGGUCGGAUAUACUGGUCCCUCUUUUUGACCUCUCUCAGAGAAGGAGAGAGAGAGAAAGAAAGAGAGAGGAGAUGAGCGAUAGCGAUUUGGGAAUGGUAACGUCGCCGGCGGCGUCUGUGCUGGCAACAUGCACGGGGACAAUGGAGGACGAGCAGGAAAAGUCCUCCCUCGAUGGAUCCAUCGACAUGAAUCUGGUAAACGGACCGAAUCCAUGGCUUCCGGCCUAUGGUUUCCAGCUACAACAUCAUUCCCGUUUUCAAUCUACACACGAGGAUUUACGUGUUAAAGAUGCAGUACCAGUGCAGCAAGUCGAUUUUUUAGAGACCAUUUUCGAAGAAACCUCUGACGAUUUGCAGAGCGAUUCCGAUCACAGUGGUACGACUUAUUGGUUGGGCUCAGAUUCAGAAACGGAAAGUGUUAUACACAUCGAAAGAAAAGAAAACAUUACAGGUGAAAGAAUAAACGAUAACGAUGCCGAAUUCAACUCCAUAAUACCUAAGAAGAGAUGUCGAAGAAAUAACAACACAGACGAGCGUGAUCCUUAUGUGACUUUUGAUGAUUUUCCGACUUCUCCAAGAUCUUCAAGGUCCUCUGGAUCGUCUAGAUCCAGUUCAUUGUUACAGUUCGAGUCUCUGGAAAGAACUUGUGCUACCUUAUCACCGUCCAGUUAUAGUUUCGAUUCUCUCGAGUAUUCCUAUCACUCGAAUGUGUCUCAUUUGGGGAACACGUCGCCGGAUAGUCUCGAGCAAGAUAACGAUGCAGUAGUGCAAAAUGGAUUUUCCAAUUCUGUCGAUCACUUUCCACGGAUUAGACCCUACCGUAGCUUCGACAGUUUGAAUAUCUGUCAAAAGGCUACGGAUUUCGAAGAAGUGACAUCAUUCAAUGAACAUGUAUCCUCGUAUCCGAAAAGGAAGUUAAACUUCGCGAGGUUCGAAAGGAACGAAUUACGAUCAAGAAACUUCUGGUACGAAGAAGAGGAGGAAGAAGAAGAAGAAGAAGAGUACGAAGACGAUGGCGACGACGAAGAAUUCGAGGAAGACGAACGGUUAUUAAAUCCGAAUCGCCGUGGAUGCGGAUACUUCGAGGACAGAUUGCACGCCUUCGGCGAUUCGAGUUGCAAUUAUGCGACGUCAUUGGAUUAUAAAAACACUAUAGAUUUGCGAAAGAUCGGUGUUGAGUCAAGAAGGGAUAUGUUCUUAGAUCUGAAGUCUGGCCAAAAAGUAGCGUCGUCUUCCACGCGUCUGUUGCAGACAAGUUUAAAUAUAACCAGUAGCACGGCUCAUGGUCAUAGUAAGAUGAACAGCGAACACGAUGCUCGUCAUCCUCGUCAUCAUCAUCGUCAGCAACAGCAACAGCAACGUUUCGGUCACGAGCAUCUUCACGAGCAGCGGCAGCACCAGCAAUAUCAACGUCAACGGUGGACCGAAGAGGAGUGUUUUAAUUUUAGAUUUACGGAGAAAUCUCAAAGCGCACCCAGUUUGCCUUCGAUCGUCAACGAAUACGCUCACGAUCCGGAUAUAUUGGCGGAGCUCGUUUCUUCGAGAUCAAAGUCAUUUGUAUCUACGUCAAAUUUAUUUGAGAAUUAUACCAAAGUUACCAGCGUACCCAUCGACCUGGAUCUUUGCGGCAUAUCAACAUCUACGAGGGAAGAGGAUGAACGAUCGUGCGACGAUAUGAGUAUGAAAGAUCACAAAAUGGCGGAAGUCAAAAGCGUACGUGGUCUGGAGGAUAUGCUGAAUCACGAAGAUGGCGAACUGCUCGGAUCCAAUGAGAAAGAGAACGACAUUGAAACGACAAAACGGCGGUCGUGUUCGGUAAGAACUCAGCCAGCUCAGAAUGCAAGAAUCGACGUUGGAGCGAUGCACAAUGAUCUUUCAACGACGGAUGUACAGAACGGCGAGGAGGAGAACGUUGAUGCUGACAGCGACGAAUACGAGGAGCAGCAACAGAUCGCAUCGACCGUGAAGACUCAAGAUCGUAGCAACGUAUUGGAUAUAGCGAUGGCUAUGGAGAACGAUAUAGACGCGGUCGUUGAUGAGGCCGUGAAACGGCUCAAACGAGAAGUCGAGGAAGGUGGUGGUGGCAACGAUAUCGUAGAUGCCAUUCGUAGGCAGUAUUCCAAUAAGCAAAUGUCGCAAAAGGUAAAGAAAAACGCUAGUUACGAAUUGGCGCAACAAUUUGAAGUCGAUGAGAGAAAUUUCCGAAGGCGUGCGAUACCGUCGGUAUCCAAUGAUGAAAGUACGAGGUCACCUAGGAAUGCUAGCAGGAAGAAACGAGUCAUCAAUAAUGCCAGUUACGAAUUGGCACAGCAAUACGAUUACAUUAAGUCUUUUCAAGCUAGCAGAGGCGCAUUUCAACGAAUGGAUGCCUGUGACGAAUUGGAGGAAUCCAGUUCAGGACGAUCCUCGCGUCUCAAAGUGUCCGACUCGAGAUCGACACGUACUGGCAGCAGCUCCGCAUUAAAUUUGAGCGGUGAUUCUCGUGCCGAUUUCGCACCCUCGCUCGGCUCUUACUCAAAAUCCACGGAGAACGUCUCAAAGCACGCCGAGGAAUCACUUUUUGGCCAGAUAAAAAAAAACUCGGCUUUUUUUUCGGUGCAUGGAGAAAAUGUUAAUAAUCGCGUUUUCGUAGACGAUGAGGUAGAUUAUCCCUGUCUGGAGAGCAAACCUAUAGGAAAGCUUAACCUACUGGACACCACAUUAGAAGAGGAAGAUCUUAAUAGUGAACAAAUAGAUAAAGAUAGGACCUUUCGUGACUUAUUGGAAGAAACGAUGUUGCUUCAAAGCAUUGCUUCCUUGUGCGACGAUGAUUUACGAGAAACCCCGAGGGAAGUAAAAUUACAAAAAAAGAGAUCGUUCAUAGGCGAAUUUUAUCCAGAAAAGAGCAAUUUAUCUGUUCGUUCGAGAGAGAACGAAGAUUUAUUGUCGGAGGAGAGAGAGAACAGAGACGAGAACUUGACGGAUAGCGGAGUGGACGAAGAAGACGGCAAGAAAGAGCAGCAAGUUGGAAGCGAGGUUUCCGGUAGGAACACUACGAAGAAGAUGGUAGACAUUGCGGAGAAGGUAGAUGCGACGAUGGAGGGGCGUAAUAAGAAAAAGGAGGCGGAAGUGGUGGUAGAGCAGGCGUGGGGACAAACUCUUCAUGGUGAUCGUACUUCCCCACCAAGCGGCAAUAAAGCCGACAGUCUGAAAGUUAGUCAAGGUAGUGGGAGUCAGUCGACGAUGGCAGUAGCUUUGCCAGUUGAUACGAAUCAUCGCGGUGAUCGUGACGGACAACGGGAGGAAACGACGUGGUCGAAAAUUACAACGGCGGCGAUAACGAAGACAACGGAAAGUAUGACUUUACCGGCGAAAGUUGAUGACCUUACAUCAACGAGCAAGACCAUGGAGUCGGCCUCAAAGAGUGAUUCUAAGCUUUGGAAAAAUACCGCGGUUGAAAGAUCGGCGACCAUCAAUACGAAACAACCGACGGUCUUGAAAAACGAAGAAAGAAAGAAGGGUGGUAUCGGUUGUUUCUUACAGAGAUUCUCCAAGUUGAGGUUUAGUGGUAGGUCAAAGGUACCUCGUUCGGAGAUACAAAACAAAUGCGAGGCCCGUAUCGGGCAACACUCGAAUCGCAAUGAGUUUUAUCAGGAAAGAACGAAGAAGGAACCGGAUUAUAUCAUUAUACCCUUGCAUCCGCCGGACGAAGAGAGAUCGAAGGACGAGGUCGUUGCCCUCGAAAGUAGAUCUGACGAUACCGGGAGAAACAAUGUCGAUCUUCAAAGGAGUGCCUCCAGUGUUAGUUCCGGCAGGAGGGCGCCAGUAUGCAGCAGCAAACCACCCCUACCGCCACAACCACCCCGUCUAGUAUCAUCGGGCUGUAGAAUCUCGGGUGCGGCGGCAUCAUCGUCGUCGACGACGUCGGCACCGUCGUCGUCGUCGUCGUCGUCGUUAUUAUCAUCGUCAGCGGUGUCGCGCCGACGCGCCGUGACGGACCUUGGAAAUCCGGCGGCCAUCGAAAUGGCGAAGGCCCGCGCGAUGCAGGCCGCUCAGCAAGAGCAGCGUCCGGUCGGACUUCUCGAAACCGACCUCGAUGACGAGGUCGUUCUAACGACCAACGUCGUUGACUCCUCAGGCUGUAGCAACGCCGGUAACAGCAACAAAAAGACUAGGAGUUUGUUAGACCUGAACCACACCUCAAGCGUUGUACCCCAAGGUACGAGCCUAGAGAACGCCCUACGUGUACCUCAGUUGCCCGUUGGCUCUUGCCACAGAAACCAGCGAAACGACGGAACCGCGUCUGGCAUCGAUCAACGUCCGCACAAAUCCAUGGAGUUUCUCCUUGACAAGGAGAACCUUCACUUUGUUAAGCCGCCAGAAAACGAACUGCAGAAAGUCGGUGAACGUGUGCCAAGUGAGCACGAAUUAAGGGUACAAAGGUCUCUACAACGACUAAACGUUCCAGACUGGUACAAAAAUUCUCCCACGGCUCGCGAUGGUUUCCGAUUAAAGAGGCACUCCGAUGCAUCUCAGCAUGGAGGUUGGCGUGCGCUCGGCUCGAAAACUACCUCGCUGUCAUCUCUUUCAUCCUCCUCGAAUAGACAACCAACCACAGGCGCUCUAUUAAGUCCUAGUCCUACGCCUCCUGUAUUCUCAAGAUGGAGUACCAGUUUGUUAAACAGCGCUGGAAGUUCACCGGCAAGUUCAGCAAAAUUAUCGUUCUAUCAUCGGCAACCUUAUUUGGGUUGGCGUUCGCAAGAACGGCUAAGCAACCCACGUACACCGGCGGAACGUCUCGCUCAGGGUAUACUUUCUCAGCUGCAAUCGCCAAAUAAGCAACAGCAACAGCAACAGCAUCAGAAUCAACAACAUCAACAUCAGCAGCAGCAGCAGACGCAACAACCGCACCAUCAACAGCAGACGACGAAUCAACAAUUGGAAGUGAGAAAUUCUAUAAAGGAGGUGACUUCAGCCAUUGUACAUUAUGUACAAAGCGGCCAAGAGGUCGACGGAAACGAAAGACUCUCUCCCUUGCCUCGACCAGAAGACUGGGAAGAUAGGGGUGAAGUAAGGUCCACCAGUCCCAGAGGAAGCGCGAGGCUCUGCUGGAUGGAAAGCUCGUUCGUUGGUACGAGACCCGUGGAUUCGCCGGAAACUCCGAUGAGCCUGGCUACAGAUACCGAAUGUUGCGUCGGAUGCAACGCUACCGGUACAGAAUCGUGCAGUUGCAUGGACUCCGCGACUUCCGGUCUUUAUCUAGACGUGACGCCGCCACUCGAUGAUGAACAACCACAAAUGCAUGGAAGUGUCCGCGGCAGUCUUUGCCUGUCGCCAUCGUCGUCCUCCGCCAAUUAUAAUCAUCCUCAGAUAUAUCAGCAACGGCAACACCAGCAACAACAGCAACGCCAUCACCGUGAUUCGGGACAGGGUGACGUGGUCGAGAUGACGAUGACAUCGGCUGUACCGCGAAACAAACCAAGCCCCGGGUCGACCACUCUAGAGGAUGUCCUUGAUUCCCUUCUGGGUCUGCCACCUGCGUCGCGUACACCUAGUCCUGGACCAGGUCCUGUAGUUAGCUCUACGACUUCGUCGUCCAUGCGUCAUCGAUCAAACAUUGGUCAGACUAAUGCUAAAGCCGGGAAAAGCUGCAGCGACCUACGUCAAGACCUCCAAGAGUCCGUUAGAAGCACGCUCGAGCUACAGGGAUCGUACGAGGAUCAACGUGGCUCAUGUGACGCGGUAAAGCUGACAAGACGAAAAAGCGAUGGGAGCGACCUGAUAUCUUCGAAAACUGCAUCGGUUUCCUUGCAAUCGAAAUCGGCCGGUCAGCAACGUCGACGACGGGUCUCCUUCGAUAAUGCUCAACAAGAGAGAAAUGGUCUGACAACGAAUGCCACGGACAAGAUAGUGCACUGUCGAAAUAAUAAAUGCACUAAUUCUGCUACUUUACUUGAAGCAAGAAGAUCCUACAAGAGCUGCCACAAUUGCACCUGCUUGUACUGCUCGAGAGAGUGUAGAAGGGCUCAUUGGCAACGACAUCGAAGAAUCUGUUUACAUUCUCGCGCUGGUAGUCUCUGCAAAGAAGUGUUGUCGUCAGCGAAGGAGGAUCCAAGGACUUUAAGACACAUCUCCGCCUUGGCUAAACGCGGUUACGCUUCCCAUGGACGUGGCGCAGUAAAAUGUUUCUUUUCAAGUCCAGAGGCAGCAGAGAGAUUCGUUGGAAAUGGUUUCCCAGAGCUUGGUGAGCCUACUUACAUUAGAUGGUCAGAUCUCUUGCCUGGUGAAAUGGGUGCAGAGCUCUAUGCCGAAGUAAUGAGGCUUUGUAAAUCCUACAAUCCGGAUACCAGAUUGGUUCUCUAUGUUGCCAUUUGCGUUGUUAGCGAGGUACCAACAAGUGGUGCUGUUAAAUGGGAACGGCAAUUAGUAUCACGGUGCGCCAAACUUCGUUUGGACUCAGCUUUUAGACAACCCAAUUUCUCAACGUCUCCGCAAGGUAAGACGACGUCACCAUGUAACAUCACUAGGGAAAUGGACUCGCCGGAAACGCUCGUUCUCACGUCAUUGCCCACGAGCACCAAUGUUGGUCAAAACGCAUCUAGAAGAGUAAGAGAAAUUGGUUUCACGAAUAUUCAAAAACAAUUAAGGCUUCGUGGCGUUUCCCUCAAAAAGCAUUUUCCUCAAGUAUACAGGAAACUUUGCUCAUAUGUCGAUGGUUCUGUUGAUAAGUUCGCACCUGUAACAAUUUAUCCAAGAGAUCAAACUUCUGGUAAGAGCUUUAUGUGUAUUAUUAUGCUUGAUGCAGAACCAGAACGACUUCGGCUACUUCCAACUGACUCUUCCAGGGUCAAAACUGUUGACAUUAGUGUAGAACAAGAGUAAAGUCCAAGACAUGGAAUAGGUUAGAUUGCUACCUUUCAAAUCUCUUUAAUUUUUCAAAAUUCAUUGUCCAUGGGAUAGGAUAAUGCUGUAUAUCCACAAUGAUGAGCGAUCUUGCAGAAUGGAUGGUACAUUUUGUCGGAGACAAAGGAUAUCAAUAUAUAUAGCUAAUCGAAUGUGUUAUUCGAUGACUGUUGGUUUAUACUAGAUUGCAAAAUUUCAUAUUACAAAUAUGCAGUACAUAGAAACUGUGAUUUUACACGUUCUAAAGUUCUUACCAUUUUGCCAAUCGUAUUGACUGCAUGUCGUCAGGAAUAUGAAGCAUUAAAGGAUAGUUUCAUGAAAGUAGAUAUGAGAAAGUAAUUAAACAUACACUUAAAUAAAAUAUACAAAUAAAAUUAAUAGUUAUUAUAAAUGUUUUGAUUCAAUAAAUAAUAUACAUAAUAGGGAAUACAAUUCUUUAAAAACAAUUAUCUGUGAUAGCUGACUGAUUACUUCUUAAUUCAUUUCUUUAUUUAUGCAUAUUAUUAUUAUUAAACAAGUCUUCCACAAAUUUUAUAUUUUCUAAUACAGUAGCAUAGAAAUGAAUGUAUUAAUUACAAGAAAUAUGAUAUAUAAAUUUUACUGUUAAAAUGCUACAAUGGUUAGUUUGUACAAAGGAAUAUUCUUUUUAUCUCAAAGUUAUUUACAUUAUUGUGUAUGUUAAUAUUUGAAUCUCUAUUCUUAACAAAUUAUGUCUGUUGUAUUACCAAUAAUAUUUCAAUAUAUUUACUGACGACAUGUAUUCUGGUUGGCCAACAAAUUGAUGAUAAUUUUAACUAAUAAUAUUAAUGGAAAAUUAAAAAUGCUUUAUUUAAGAUUACUACAGAUGUUUUUCACAUAAUAUAUAGAAAAUCAAAGAUAAUUAACUAAAUUAUAAUUAAGUUAAACCCUGUAGUGGAAAUUAUCAUUAACAUAUAUAUUCUUAAGAAAUGCAACGUUUAUCACAAAAUAUUAAGUAUUUCUUUUUAGUAUCAAAUUGAACACAAAUAUUAAAUAAUAAUAAAUUUAAUUUGAAAUCAUAUUAGAUCUCUUACCUCAAUAUUAAUUUACUAAAAGAUUUGAUAAAGUAUUAAAUACAGUACAAAAGUACCAGUAUUCUAAACAUUACUACUCGUAUUUGUUCCAUGAUACAAUCUUAUGGUGCAAAAAUAAAUUGUCAUCUUACACUUUCUGUGAAAACUCAUCUACCUAAAGUAGCAAAAUCGCUUUGUUUCAUUGAAAAAAUAUUAACAAUUUGAUCUGUAUAUUGCAUUAAAUCAUGCACGUCUAAUAUAAAAUUUAUCAGGUCACACUUCAACUCAUAAUCAGCCAAAUAUUAAAACUGCUAAUAAUAGUAGUAAGAAUAUCAAUUUUUAUUCUAACCUCAAAUUUUAAAUCGACUUGUAAUAAUACAUAUUAUAUUAGCUACUAAUUCGUCGACUUGUAUAUUGCGGAUACACGUAUAAAUAUUUAGGAGCAUAGUAACGUGUAAUCGCAAAAAAUGUGAUGGAAAUAAAAAAUGAGUGGAUAGUGUAAUGAGGUUAGUAAAAUAAUGUCGACAUAUGGCCAAAUUAUAAUUGACUAAUAAAUGACCAAUCAUAAA